GAUCUAUGUGUCAUAACAGUAUAGCAGUGAUCCAUGAAGAUUUCCAGUUCUUUCCAAAAGAUUUCGUAACUGUUCAUCUCAAUCUGAUAAAAGGAACUCUUAUGUUUGCAAUUAACAACAAGAUUAUCGGUUUCAGGGCAGGACUGCACAUAUUGUGGGGGAGACGCCUGGAAGGAAAUACAGAAGGUGUUUCCUCUGCUACAGGGCCGGAAGGAGGAAGAUGACAAGAACUAUAUGUCUGGCAUGCGAGGUGUCGCUAUGCACCUAUGGGUGCUUUGAAAGGUACCACUCGCAGAAAAAUUUGACAUAAGUAAAACGAUAAAAAUGGUGAUGGGUACAA